CCCAAUCCAAGACAAGACGAAGCUCAAGCUUGGACUCAAAUCACGGCAUCUGGCGCAACUGAAGAGAUACUUUAGAUGCCUGUAUACAUUUGAGUACAAAGCCUUGGUUGAUGGCAGUAAUGCAUUUGGAGAAAGAAAAAGAACUUGUGUCCCUGAGGCACUGCAAGCAGUCUGAUAACAGACUGGAACUGGAUGACACACCUCUGCAUCACAUUCUCCAAGGACAUUUCAAAGAUGUCUUGAAUUUAGAAGACAUCAGAAGGGUGCUCAGCCUAGAUGCAACAGAGUUGUGGAAGUCGUGGGACCUGGAGGCCAUUGCAGCCCAUGUAUCUGCCUCACUGAAUAGUGCCAGCAGUGAUUCAGGGGAGCUGCUGCUGCUGGGGGCCGUGGCGGCGCUGUGCCUGUUCGCCCAGGCCAACUGGACAGGCCCGGAGCUGGACUGGGCGGACGUGCUGCCCGUCACGGGCUCGGAGCAGGAGCGGGCCAGGUGUCUGGCUUGUCUUGCUGUGGACGGGAGCGAGUGUUACCAGCUGAUGCGGUGCCCGGAGGCGCUCGGUAUCGCGCGGGUCGUCUUCGAGGGCUGUCAGAAUCAUCUCAGCUCAUUCCCGUCUUUCCCGCUGUGGAGGAUCCGCUACGGAUUCCUGCACCAGCAGGUACUAGACGAGGCGUCGCCCCACCUCUUCGACCUCUUCCUCAAGGACAUCCGACUGUCUGAGAACACGCUCCGCCUGCUGGAGAGCUCGACACAGGUGGCCGUCGAGCACCAUCUGACGGUAGCCGGCGUGUACAGCUACCACCACCACGUGACGGAGGCGGCGCAGCAUCUGGCCACCGCCCAGCGCCGACUCGGCAUCAGUCUGGAGCUGGUCGGAGCGCUGGGUCGGCGGACGUACUUCCAGGAGGCGCGGCCGCAGCUGGCACUGCGGGUGGCCGAGGACGGCCUGUCGCCCGCCGGCGACAGCCCGCUCCCGGCGCCGGAGGACCCGCCGGGCUGCGCCGAGCUGCCUCGUGACCUGCGGCUCGGCGACGACACGCGUCGCGAGCGUGUGCAGUACGAGGACGCGGCGCUGGAGGCGGCCGCCUCGCCGCUCCGACAGGCAGUCAUUCUCAGCAAGUUUUUCCAGGAGCAGCGGGCGCAGGGCCGAGACGCGAUCCGGGACGAGCAGCUGCUGGUGCUGCUGGCGGCGGUGACGCGGCAGCCGCACCUCUGGGCCGUCCAGCUGUCGGCCCUGCUGCAGCGCAGUCGGCUUGAGUCUGGCGAGCGGCGCACCGUGGAGCGGGCCAUGACACAGACGCAGACGCUGGUGGACGCCGUGACGGAGGCGGCGCCGUCGGCCGUCCACCGGCUGCAGCUGUUCUUCUGCAGUCUCGUGCCUACCCGCUGGGAGAUGGAGGGCGAGCUGGCCGCCCGCUACCUGGCCUUGGGCGUGACCAAAGCGGCGCUGGAGGUGUACGAGCGGCUCCAGCUCUGGGAGGAGGCCAUCAAGUGCUACCACUUGCUGCAGCAGCGCCAGAGGGCGGAGGAGGUGAUCCGCCAGCGUAUCGAGCUGAGCGGAGAGACGCCCAAGCUGCUCUGCCUGCUGGGUGACGCUACUGAUGACGUCACAUGCUACCAGCGCGCCUGGGAGAUGUCUGGCCAUCAGUCGGUGCGCGCGCUCCGCUCCGAGGGCUUGCACUACUACCACCGCAAACAGUACUCGCGCUGCAUACCGUUUCUGCUGAGAGCCGUGGAGAUGAACAGCCUCCAGUUUGACGUCUGGUCUCGCCUGGCGUAUGCUGCGCUCGAGACCGAAGAUUGGAAGACGUGUGCGCGGGCCUACCGACAGUGCUGCUACCUGGAGCCAGACAACUUUGAGGCGUGGAACAACAUCGCACACGCGUACAUCAAACUAGGCCAAAAGGACCGCGCUUGGAAAACACUGCAGGAGGCGCUCAAGUUCAGCUUCGACAACUGGAAAAUCUGGGAGAACUUUCUGGUCGUCAGUGUUGAUAUAGGCGAGUUUGAGGAGGCGGUGAACGCCUACGGCCGGCUGGCGGACGUACGGGAGCGUCACGUGGACGCCGAGGUGCUGCGUCUGCUGGUGGGGGCCGUUAUUGGGGACACGGUCGACCGGCACGGCUUGGGCGCUGGCCGCCUGCGCCGCCGCGUGGCCGCGCUCUUCGGCCGCCUCACGGCAGCGAUCACGACCGAUGCCGACCUCUGGAGUCUAUACGGCGACCUGUCGGCCGGCGAGCGCUCUGACGAGGCGCGCCACCGCACGAUGCAGUACUACCAGAAGGCUCACCGCUGCCUGGCGCAGCGGCCGGCCGCCGAGAAACAGCCAGAGCUGGCCAGGCAGAUGCUGCAGAUCGUCGUCAAGCUGGCUGAUGCGGCGCUAGACUGGGCCGAAGUGACCCAGCCCGGCGGUCACGUGCUCCAGACCCUGUCCUCGGUGAAGCUGGCAGCGCGCGGCACGCUGACGAAAGUCAAGGCGGCCCAGAGUGACCUGACCGGCCAGGUGACCGAGCAGCUGCGGCCGCUGCACGGCGAGGCAGAGGCUGCCCUGCAGCGCGUGCUGGACGCCAUCCAGAGCCGCCAGGGGAGCUAGUGUCGCCCGCCGCGCCGACGCCGUUGAGGAUCCGCGGACGGCGCUGUCGGCUCGCCGCGGCAGGACACGGCGGCGUGAUGCUGCUCAUGCGGCCGGACGCAUUUUUGGUCCGGAGCCACUAUAAAAAUAUUGUCAUCGCGUUGUGGUCAUUUGUAACGAAUACAAGUGAAAAUAUCUA